CAAGGGUUAACACCAUAAAUAACAAGAUGCCUCAACAGUGUAAACUGUUAUUGGACAACUAUACUGGGCAAUACACUGCAGGUUCACCAAUCCAGGGAAGGAUUAUUCUUUCUUUGGAUUCUGAUAUAACAUUAAGAGGCCUACGUAUUACAUUAAGUUGCAUUGAACAUACCGAGUGGAUAGCAACAGAAACUUACUAUGAUAGUGAGGCAAACGAACAUAAGUCGAGGGACACUCAGUUUGUAGGAAACACGGAAGUUAUAUCUAUCAAGCAAUGGCUAUAUGGCGACCAACAUGCCACAACAAAUUUGUCAGUAGGUCAACACAUUUAUCCUUUUCUAAUAAAUCUUCAGCAAAAUAUUCCAAGUACAUACCAGUGUGAAAAGGGUUCAAUAUAUUAUAAAUUAACUGCUACAGUGGAUCGACCAAUGGCUCUAGACUAUGAAGAUGAGAUGAUGAUUGUAGUAUAUUCCCCUAUUGAUCUGAACUUCCUUGCCAGACCUGAAGAUCUGCAACCCUCUUCUUACUCGGAUGAAAAAACGGUUUGCUGUUGGUGUUGCGCACAAGGUCCAAUUACUAUGGAUAUUGAGUUAGCAAAGCAAACGCUGAUCCCUGGUGAACACGUGGAAGUUAAAAUGAGACUAACAAAUAUGGCGAAUAUAAAUGUGACCGGCGUUAGUUUUGAACUGAAACAGAUAAUAUCAUAUAAAGUUACCGAUCCUAGCAGAGAUGACAAGCAAGAGUCACAUAUUUUAAUUGAUCUUAAGGAUGUUGGAUUAGGUGCACAUGGGGAAAACACUUAUAUAUUCAAUGUCACUUUGCCACCGAACGUGGUGCUUCCAAAUUUUGCCCAAUGUAGCCUAUUUUCUGUGGAAUAUAUUUACACUGCCACUGCUAAACUACCAUCCACGCACACAAACUUAGAAGUAACUAUGUAUCCAAAAGUUGGACAUAUACCUUUGGGGAAUCGUUUUGGACCAUCCCAUUAUAAUCCACACCCUCCAAUUGGAGGGGGAGCUCAACCACCAUUAGGUUGGACUAAUCCUAGUGCACCUCCUUUAGAUGAAAAACAGCAGACAAUGGGAUAUCCAGAAAAAGUAUCGGGACCCAAUGAAGUACCGCCCCCUUCAUACGAGAGCCUAAAUAUGCCUUAAUGUUGUUCUUAAUAAUAAACUAAAAUAAUACUCAGCUAUUUUUUAUAUAAUAAAUGAAAGAAAUACAGAUUUUAA